AUUCAGUUAUACUUUGUUGUGUUGAAGCCGUCGUCGCGGUUAGACCGUGGCAAGUCGCCCGCGUGUGUAGCAUUAUAUAGAUUCGUGUUUAGUGCAAUUUGAGUGCCAUUGACAUGGAAAUGUUACGUUUUUGUUAUCAAUAAAUAUUAUAAUGGCAUUAAAAAAAGAUUUCGACCUGCCCGUGAACGUUUUCAAACAGAUCAAAUUACCGAAACCCGUCAAAAUACAGCAGGCGAUUGAGAAGCUGUUCAAGAAGAAUAAUUAUACUAAAAUAGUGCAAAGUUAAUUACCGUCGGAGCUUAGUUCAGAUUAGAUGGCCGGUGAAGUUGGUUCGAAUAAUAGUAGAAAUAGUCCUGAGUACACAAAUUCACCAGAUUUCAUUACCGACCACACCGAGUUCGUCGGUCGAGGCAGCAUUGAUACAAAGAGGAAAAACAAAAGAAGCCGCAGCUCUAGUAGAAGCAGAAUCACACCGACUGUAUUGAGUCUGUCGGAUGAGCAGUUUUACGAGGAGUUAGAAGAUUACGUUAAAGGCAUGUCGGCGUCUACCAUGGAGUCGGGGGUCGAAGACGUUUGGAGUCAGUUGCAACAGAAGGAGUCGGAUCUGCUGCUGGCAGCGGAGUUGGGGAAGGCUUUGUUGGAGAAGAAUGAAGAACUGAAGAAGGAGCAGGAGCGCCUUGCUGAAGAAUACUCCAAAAAACUAGAGGAGUUGGAGCAAGAAAAGCAUCUCCUGCGACGACGUUUGGACACCGAGCAAGGGGAAUACGAAGCCAGGCUUGUGGAACUUCAGAAUGACAUCAAAGAACUCACCGCCAAGAUCGACUCCAAGGACAAUUCAGUUAAACAAAGAGAAGAAGAAAAGACGGGUCUUAUAGCAGAGUUGACAGCACAGAAUUCUCGUCUAACUAAUCAACUGAAGGAGUCAUCUGCUGUCGAGGCGCAGCUCUUAGCGCAACUGGAGUUGCUCAAAGAUCAGUGCUCCAUAAGAAAGACGAGCUUGCAAGACCAUGUCCAAAGCUUGGAAUCCCUCAAAGCUGAGCUGGCUCUCAUGAGUGAUAAAAGGGCGGAUUUGGAAAGACGGCUGACCACAUCGCUAAAAGACAAAGACAGCUUAACACAGCAAUUAGAUGAAGCUAACGACAGGAUCUCAGCCCUGGAGAGGCAGUUGAAGGAACAGGAACAUCUAUACCAGAACACGCUCAAGGAGUUGGAGCGUCUACAGAGAUCUCACGACACGCUGGCAGAAAGAGUUGGAUCUGAUCCGGUGGAAAUUACGAACACUCCGAGGUCCUUGCACGCGGAACUGGAAUCGGAACCGGAAGAAGAUGAGAACUGGCUAAGAACAGAGGCUGUUCAGGUCUUCAAGCAGUUGAGGGCAUUAGCCCUCCAACUGAACACGGGCCACGACGAUGACUCCGGUCUACAUUCAGAUCUAUCUUUGUCGUCUCUUGAUGGUGAUGAAGGGGAGACUCUCCGUCGUGGCGCACUGUCCGCCGCUUGUGCUGAUGCCGUUGCAGCGUAUGCAGCACUAGAGGGAUCCAGAGUGAGGGACUCCAUCGCCUCCCACGCGCGUCGUGCUAUGGAGAGAGAGAGACAGAUUGAUGAAAAGAAUGAGAUCAUAGCGGAACUGUCGUCCAAGCUGUCAGUGGCGGAAGUUGAACUGCGAGCGUCAGCUGACGAGAGAGAUAAACUGCUGAAUGACGCGACAUACAGUAGCUUACAGCAUGAUGAAGCUGUCACCAAAGCCAGGCAGGAGAGAGACGAAGCUAUAGAGAGGAAAAAGGCCAGCGAGGUCGCUCUGGCUAAGACACGCGUAGAAUUGAUGCAGGCUAACAGCCAGCUGUACGAGGCGGUGAGACAGAAGAUAGACCUGGGCCAACAGCUGGAGCAGUGGCAGAUGGACAUGCAGGAACUCAUAGAUGAACAGAUGAAGCACAAACUGACGUCCCAGGAGAAACGCCGCAAACUCCCUCCGCCGCGCGCACCGACUCGCACCGAGAGACUAUUCGGGCUUUUUCACCGGUAACUUCAUCUCUAGCGACGUCAUCACUCCUCCCUCCCUCGUCCUGAUCCUUCUCCUCCUCCGGCGAACCCCCCACUCCGUCGCCCCCGCCCUCUCCAUCAUCCUCCCCUUCCACCCCUACCCACUCCUCACAGCCGCCAUCUUGUGCAAUCCAUUGGACAUCGCGGAGUUUAUAUUUCAUAGUUUAAUAUUGUAUUUGAAACCGUGUGAUGUUUACACAUUAGCAGUGAUUCUUAGCGUAUUUUUUAGGAACUUCUUAGUUGUUUUACAUUUAAUAUUAAACAUAACCGUAGCCUUUCCCGAUGUUUUUUGCAUUCCGUACAAAGUAAUUUACGAUACACUAUUACUCUCAACUUGUGAAAUGUACCGAGCUGUCGAGAAUUAAUCGAAUUAUAGAUUGUUUUCGAAUCGAAAUUAACCAUAACCUGUAAUAGCUUAUCCGCCAUUUUGUUUCGUAUUGUCAGCCAUCUUGUCACUGCGACAUCUAACAAACAAAUAACCUGGCUACGUCCUUAAGUCUCUAAAGCUCAACUAAGUAAUAUAAUAGAGAAUAAAAAAAAUAAUAAUAUUCUAUACACGAUAAAUACAAUAAAAUUUCGAAUCUUUAAUGUACAAUUGUAAAUGUAAAUAACACUGUAGCCGUAGUAAAUUUUUUUGGUGCACCUCGGAAUUUAGUUAACACAACGAUAGCCAUAUUUAAUAGAUUAAAAUUAGUAUUAACGAUUUGCAAUUUAGUGUUAUAGUAUUUAAUACAGCGUCAUAACAAUGUUUUGUGCCUUAGUGAUUGAAUUUACUACUGUAAUUGAUAAAACGAACGCCUUACAAAGUGCCUUUCAAUGUUAAAAUAUGCAAUACUUAACUCAUUCAUUCCAAUUUUAAAAUAUGAAUUUGUUGUAAAUACUAUAAAGAUGUUCAAACUGCACCAUACUUAUUUGAACUAACAGAAAAAAAGAUUAACUGUCAAAAUGACAUCUUAAUUUUUUUUUUAUUGCGAUGUCAACGUUUCUUGUAACAGAUUAUAUAAUAUGUUUGGUGUCUGUUUUAAUAAUUUUUUUAAAAAUGGAAGAUCAUUCUGUAGAAUUAUUAUCACUCCGUUUUAUAAAAAAAAAAAACAAAAACGCGUUUGUGAUAUUGAAUUAGUUUUUAGAAAUUAUUAAAAAAAGACACGUCAACUUUUAAAUCCGUUUUAUAAGUGCCUAUGUAUGAUUUUAAGAAAUUAAACAAUGUUUGAUAGAGCGAAAUAAAAUUUUUGUAACAACUUUGACAACUGACCGUGUUGUGGUCUAUAUAAAAAAAAAACGUAUAUAUAAGAGAUUUUAAAUAUUACACAUUUUUAAACAUUACAGUUUACUGCUAAUUUUUUUUCAUACCUUUGAAAGUUAAAAAAUACUUGUCAGCACAAAUAAAACCAUUCCAUUAAAUCUAUUUUAUUAAUAGCAAUUAAUUCAUAAUAAAUGUAACAUCAACAAUAUUAUCUCAGAAAAGUACUUAAAGCGUUAACUUAAUUUUAGAUCUAAUGACUAGUUUGUAUUUAUCAUAGAUAUUAAUAUGCAAUUAUUGGAAUAAUAAAGAGAGAAAUUUUAAAA